AUAAAACUUCACCCACGAAAGUUUGCUCUGUGCCUCUCUUCGCAGCAGGCCGCCAUCAGCCAGAGCCCUUUCGCUGAGCCAUCCCUCUCCUCUGUUAUUGGCUGCACUCAGCCGCUUCUUCUUCCUUCCUCGUCAACCUCCCAGCAUCCCUCUUCACAGAGCCUCCUCGCCUGCUUCACCAACUACCUCUCUCCUCUCUUUCUCUCUCUUUCCAUUUCUAGAAAAUGGGUUUGUUUCUCAUCUCUCUCCGCAGAACUACUUUAUUCUCUCUCUGUAUCUCUCUCCAUCUAGCUGUGUAGCUCUAGAUCUCUUUCUCUCUCUAUCACCAACCUCCCAUCCGUCAUUGACAUCAGCUCCAGGUUCUGCAAAACCGACAUUCUUCAGUUAAGAUGCAGUGACAGCAAACGAAUUGAUAAAAGAGCUUAUUGAUUGAAAAAUUAUUCAGGACGAGAAUGGAAUAACACUUGCCAAGGUGUUGAGGCAAUUCACAAGUACUUAUUCAAAUUGCAUAUUUGAAUAGGAUAGCAGAUUUUCACUGGUGAAUACUCCUUUUAAUUGGAAUCAUUUGCCCUAUCUCCACCAUGAGGCUCCAAUUGCUCCACUCUAGGGUUUCCUCUGCAACUUUCUCUCGCCUCUUUUCUACAGCAAAGGCCAGGCCAAAGGCCAAUCAUCGGAGCCCCCCUCUCUCUACAAUAGAGCCCAUUUCCAAGCCAAAGCCGAAGAAAUACAAGCUUCCCCCUUUCUAUGAUCCCUUUGGGCCUAGACCUCCUCCCUCUGAUAAAGUCAUUAGUUUAGCUGAUCGAAUCGCUAGUCUCUCUCCUGACGAGCUCAGGCAAGUUGGCCCUUAUCUUAGGGAGAAGCUUAGGGGACCUAAGAUUCAAGAGCUUUCUUCUGAUGCCAUGGUUUCAAGUCCUGCUGCUUCUGGUUCAGCCGCAAAGGUGGAGGAGAAGAAGGUUGAGAAGACUGCAUUUGAUGUUAAGCUUGAAAAAUUUGAUGCUUCAUCCAAGAUAAAGGUGAUCAAGGAGGUUAGGGCUUUUACUAAUUUAGGCUUAAAGGAGGCCAAGGAACUAGUUGAGAAGGCUCCUGUUCUUCUGAAACAAGGGUGUACGAAGGAGGAGGCAAAUGAUAUAAUAGAGAAGAUUAAGGCUGUGGGCGGGAUGGCUGUGAUGGAGUGAUGGGGUUUUUCUUUUCCCUGUGUUCCUUUCCGACUGCUGAUAUGCAUUCAGGUUGGUGAAACUUUUAGCUUUGUAUCAAAAAAAAAAAAAAAAUCUCAUGAUGAAGCUUUUUGAGCUUUUAGUUUGAUUCUUAACAUUGUCUGUCUCUGUUUCUGAAUGUAGUGCACUGGAAAAUUUAUCUUUUUUAAUUUCCUCCUAUUCCACAUGCUGAGAGUUAUAUGCUUUGAAUGGUUAUCUGUUUAGGAGUUACUGGGGAUGGUUUAGGAGUUGACGUUGUAUUCUUUGGCAUUGGUCCGAAUGCUCUAUGAAUAUUGCUACUUCCAAAAAUUUCGGUACUGUACGCAUGCUUGUGCGCAAUGUGCACCCUUGAAGCUUCCUUUUCUGCUUUCCUCAGGCCUAUAUUGACAAUUCUUGCACACUCUGUCGUACUUAAGCUUUGCUGCUUGUUGCAUGGGAUUGCUUAUCCUUGUUGUCUUAUUCUCUUCUCUUAAUGUUCACCUAGCACUGUUAUGCUUGUUGCUCUUUCCCUUAACUCUAGGUUGCUACUUUUUGUCGAUGCUGCUUUCUUUUGGUGUAUGCUUGUGACUUGUAAUAUCCUAAGCUAUUUUUGAAGGAAUUA